AUGCAGGGUCCGCGGGCGGCGCUGGUCCGGAGCGCCGGGGAGCUGAGCGUCCGACGCCCGUGCUCCACCGCCUGGUGCCGCCUGGAGGGCGGCUGGGUCUGCAAAUGGCCGCCGCAGCCGCCCGAACCGCGCCCUAGUUACCCCGUCCCGUGGUCCUGGGCACGCCUCCCGGAGUUUCCGCCUCCAAAGAAGCAGCCAUGGCCCAGACCCGCCUCCGCCCGGUCCAGCCGGGCUCACGCUGGGGGCAAAAGCCUGGCUGGCAGCCGCGCCAUCCAGUCGCUCGCCCGCGGCCCUCCCGCCCAGGACGCCGCAGCUCUGCGCCCCCUCGGGCCCCCGCACACCCCGGCCCUUGAUGCCCCGCUGCAGGACGGUUCCCUGGUCCUCUGGCAGGGAUUGUCCAAGGAGUCUCCGCACAUGGGCCGGCUCAGAAAUGCCAAGAUCCAUGUGGAGAGAGCUGUCAAGCAGAAGAAGAUCUUCAUGAUCCAAGGCCACUACCCGGUGAUCCGGCGCCUCUUGCGCCGCAGGGGCUGGGUGGAGAAGAAGAUGGUCCAUUCACCAGGCACCAACCUACUGUCAUCCCAAAAGCGUCUGACGAGCUCAGUGAUGGGCGAUGGCGACAUCACUGAGGAUGACGAUCAAGAUGAGGACGAGGAGUUCCAGCAACCACAACCCUUCAACGAUGAAGCACUGGAAUUGGAUGACCUAGAUGGUACACAUGCUGUGAUGUCCCGCAUGGUUCGGAAUGAGAUCCCCUACUUCAUCUGGACCACUCGGCGGGAUGUGCUGGACUGCCGCUUCCUCUCCAAGGAUCAGAUGAUAAACCACUAUGCCCGGGCUGGCUCCUUUACCACAAAGGUGGGUCUAUGUCUCAAUCUCCGGAAUUUGCCAUGGUUUGACAAGGCUGAUGCUGACUCCUUCUUCCCACGCUGCUACCACCUGGGGGCUGUGGAAGACAAAAAGGCCUUCAUAGAGGACUUCUGGUUGACAGCUGCCCGCAACGUUCUCAAGCUGGUGGUAAAGUCCGAAUGGAAGUCAUACUCUAUCCACGCAAAAGAGGAAGAGGCCCCAGCAGACGAGCAGCACAAGAAACAGGAGAAAAACCCAAUGACGGUGACCCCAGAGUUUGUGGACGAGGCUCUGUGCGCCUGCGAGGAGCACCUGAACAACCUGGCCCACCUGGACAUUGACCGGGACCCAGAGGCCCCGCUGUCCCUCAGCCCUGAGGGCCGGUCCCUCUUCCUACAGCGCUACUACCAGGUGGUCCACGAGGGGGCCGAACUCAGGCACCUGAACGCUCAGAUCCAGCGCUGUGAGGACAUCCUGCAGCGGCUGCGGGCCUUGGUGCCCCAGAUGGACAUGGAAGGAGAUCGCAACGUCUGGAUCGUGAAGCCAGGAGCCAAGUCCCGUGGCCGAGGCAUCAUGUGCAUGGACCACCUGGAGGAGAUUCUGAAACUGGUGGACGGCAACCCCAUGAUGGUGAAGGAUGGCAAGUGGGUUGUGCAGAAGUAUAUCGAGCGGCCCCUGCUCAUCUUUGGCACCAAGUUUGACCUGAGACAGUGGUUCCUGGUGACCGACUGGAAUCCACUUACCGUGUGGUUCUACCACGACAGCUACAUCCGCUUUUCCACGCAGCCCUUCUCCCUGAAGAACCUGGACAACUCCGUGCACCUGUGCAACAACUCCAUCCAGAAGCACCUGGAGAACUCGUGCCAUCGGCACCCGAUGCUGCCCUCAAACAACAUGUGGCCGAGCCAGAAGUUCCAGACCUACCUGCAGGACAUGGGGGCCCCCCAUGCCUGGUCCAGCGUCAUUGUGCCUGGCAUGAAGGCGGCGGUGAUCCAUGCCCUGCAGACCUCCCAGGACACGGUGCAGUGUCGGAAGGCCAGCUUUGAGCUUUACGGUGCUGACUUUGUGUUUGGCGAAAACUUCCAACCCUGGUUGAUCGAGAUCAAUGCCAGCCCCACCAUGGCGCCCUCCACGUCCGUCACCGCCCAGCUCUGUGCCGGCGUGCAAGCCGACACCCUGCGUGUGGUCAUUGACCGGCGGCUGGACCGAAGCUGUGACACGGGAGCCUUUGAGCUCAUCUACAAGCAGCCCGCCGUGGAGGUGCCCCAGUAUAUUGGUAUCCGGCUCCUCGUCGAGGGCUCCACCAUCAAGAAGCCCACGGCGAUGUGUCACCGGCGGACAGGGGUCCACACGGCGCUCCCUCACCUGACCCAGCGAGGCUCUGGGGAAGCCCCUUACCUCUUCCCCAGCCUCCACAACAUGGUGCGGCUGCCUUCUCUCCAUGUGCUCCAACCCCAGGGGCGGGUCCUGAGACUGCAGCACAGCAAGCUGAUGGGCUCUAAGGCCCUGUUGACCGCAGGCAAGCCCUUGAUGAUUCUACCUACAGCCAAGAUUUUUAUUUCCCUCUCAUCGCCGGAGCUCAAGCAGGCACCCGCCAUCCUGAAACCAAGAAAGCGCAUUCACGGUCCUUAUCCUGGAGGUGCCUUGCGGCCUCAACCCUUUGAGGUUGGAAAUCUCCCUAGCACACACAGGAGUAUCAAGGCCAAAGGCGACUUCAAGGCCACGCUCUGUGACAGAUCCAAGACGGAAGCAUACCCUAUGAAGGUGCUGAACCUUCCGGGUACCCUGCCUCUAAUCAGCGCACAUCAGAGGGUCGGGGGUAUGGGGGAUGUGAAGCUAAAGAAGCCCUUGCUUCAGGCCUCACUGUCCCUAGGCCGGGUGCCGCGCCAAAUAAAAAGGAGCAAGUAA